GAUUUGUAAUUUCCCGCGAUUUUAUUCGGUACUUCUCUAGAGUAUUGAUAGAUUUGGUCAAGGAAAUGGUAAUGCAACUAUUUACAUGGAGAGAAAUACGGUCUUCAAAGAGAAUGUAUGGAAUAUUAUGUAUGGGAAGGAUGAUCAUUCUAACUGUGAUGAUGAAGUUGAGAUAACUCCAUCAAAGAAGCCUGAUAAACCAGUACAUGAAGUAAAAACCUACAGUGUUCUUCCUCCUCCUGCAGAUUAUACCCCAGCUGAACCACUGGAAGAUAACAAUGGAGAAGAUGAACCAUCAGAUUCCUCAUCAAGUUCUGACAGUGAAAAACCAGCAAGAAAAAGGAAAAGGAAAAACAGAAGACACACAGAAAAAUGUAAAAAGGAAAAAAGCCAUGAAUAUGACACAAGUGACAUAAAAUUGACAAAAAAUCAAAAGAGAAAAUUAAAAAAGAAAAGAAGGAAAGAGAAGCAAAAAAAUGUUGAUAAAAGUGUUACAUUUUCUUUCAUUCCCUCCGAAGAUAAUCAGAUUUCUGCUAAAACAACAAGUAAUAAUGAAAUACAAGAUAAAGUUGGUGACUUAUCAAACUUCUUUGAUGCUGUAUGGGAUGUGUAUAAACUUCAAGAGAUGGAAAAAUCAGUUGAGCAGCAAGAAGUUUUUGAUGAAUUAAAUAAAUCACUGAGCUUGUUAGAUGUUCACAACAAGGAGAUGGAAAGUCAAUUAAAUAUCAUACACAAUAUCAAAAGAUUAAUUUUACUUGGUGAUGUGAAUUCUGCAGGAGAUUUAAUGUCUAGCAUGACAUCUGAUGGCUGUUUCAUGUCUGAAGGUGUGUAUAAUUUGAUCAUCAGUCUUUUUGAAUACUGGAUGAAGGAUAUUAGUGGUAAAGGAUGAGAUGGACAAAUGAAUAAAAGAACCAAUAAUUAAAGAGAAGAUAUUUAAAUCGACUACAGUGUCUGACAGAUGUCAGAGUUGGAAGUUAACACAUGAACAGGAGCACUGGAUUUAUAGCAUGGAUUCACACAUGGUAUAUUGUGCAGAGACAUAUGGUCAUAUCACUCAUAUGAUUUAUUAUUAAAACUGAUGAAAUGUCAUUUACAUGUUGAUUUUAAUUAAAUAUAUGAAAACUGA